UUCCCAUUGCAAUGGGCUGAAUAAUUAAGUGAGUGGAACACUAAGGAAAAGUAUUAAAAAACGAAGAAAAGUUGAGGUUCUAAUUUUUAGACGUCAUGUGGACGUCAUUUCAAUGUAGAAUAUUUCAAAAUAACAAACAUUUUUAAAUUUUAUGUUGCUGUUGCUUGAAUUCGCCUAAAUAAUGUCAUCUACCGAAGUAAAUUUAAAACAAGGAUUAAGAAAACUUGAAUAUCCUAUAUGUGCUAAGGAAGCAUUAUACAAAAUAUUCGAUUUAAUAUGUAGCCGUAUUACUAGUAUAAAAAAUAUGGACUUGGCAUUAGAUUUAAUGGCAGAAUUUGUAUUUUAUGAAGUGGAUAGAAGAGGUCAUAAAAGGGCACAACAACUGUCUUCACUUCAAGAACUUCAACUCAUUAAAAUUCUUUAUGAAUAUUUUAAUAGUAUUUCUAGCGAAUCUGGUAGAAAUACGGUUUUUUUGUCUCUGUUCAGUGGAACCACAUUGAGUUUAAGACUGGGAAUUCUUACCAAAUUUAUAUCAACAGCAAUAGGUAUUCCAUCCUCUAAGAUUUUAUCAUCUGCCAGUGCUUGGAUGCAACAAUUGGGAAAUGCUUCUCCAAAUAGUUGUAAAUUUGCAGAGGGCAUAAUUCAAGAUUAUUUUUAUUUUUAUGUUUCAAGUACUGAAAAAAUUACAGUCUUACCUCAAAUUUCCCCACAAUUUACCGCUAACUUUAUGACUGCAGUUGCAGAAAACUAUUUUAAUACUACAAAUAAAAGAGAUGUGUGUUUUCCACCUAAAGUCUUACUAGAAACAAUUACAUUGUGGAUAUCCGAAAGUACAAGUUUGUGUGUAGCCGCUCAACAAAAACAAGCGAUGUUACCUCCUGGAGCUAUUGCCAUGGAAGCUACAACUCCAAUAGCAGGUUUACUUAAAUGGUGUAUUUUAUCCCCAAUUUUUAAACAAGAGAACACCUUUUACAAUAACCUUCAUUUGGCACUUUUAAAUAGUAUUAUGGAAAUUCCAAAAGCUGUACCACCGAAAGCAAUUUAUGCACAACAUUUGACGGUUUCCAUAAAUCCAAUUUUAGCCUAUGUAAAUGAUCUUAAGAAUAGACAAGAAAAAAAGUUAGAUCAGAUAUUACAUGAAGAUUCCUUGCAACUAGCUUUGGAUAGGUUUGCACAAGCAAUUCAGGUUAUAUCGUCUGUGAAUGCUAUGUAUGGACAUGUGGAUGAUCUAUUUCAUCAACUUAAGUUACUACCUUUUAAUAAAUUGAUGAGUAUUGUAUUAAAUAAUUAUAAGAAUAAAGUUGUUAUUUUGUAGAUA